GAUAGUGAUAGUAGAACUAGAGCAUGGCUAGGGUAGAGGUAGGAGUAUAUAAGGCCCACCGAUCAAGCCAAAGUCAGUCAUUCACCAAGCCACGAGCCCACCAAAUACAAACCAACCAAUCAUGAAGGCCUUUAUUGUUCUCGCAUGCCUCGCCGUCGCAUCGGCUCACCCCGGAGGCGGUUAUGGAGGUAGCUACGGAGGUAGCUAUGGAGGUAGCUACGGAGGACUAAGUGGUCACGGAGGAGCCGGUCUCAGCGGUGGUCUCGCUGCUGGUGCAGGAACCGCAGGCUCCCUCCAGGGUGGUGCAUCCAGCUUGGGAUCCGGUGGUCUAGGAGCUAGCUACGCUGCUGGAGCAGCAGCUGCUGCUGCAUCCGCAGGUGUCCAACAAGUCGUCUCCGGAGGAGUUCUCGGCGGAAGAUCCGACAUUGGACCCGCAGAAGGACCCAAGGCUAAUGUAGGACCCCAGACUGGACCAUCAGACCUCGUUGGACCCCAAGAAGGAGCUAAGUCAAUUGGAGGACCUCGUACUGGACCAGCCAGUCUUGUUGGACCCGCUGCCGGACCAUCCACCCUCGUAGGACCAUCCCAGGGAACUGCCACCCUCGUAGGACCAUCCCAGGCUACCGCUAACCUCGUCGGACCCAGCUAUGGUGGUGUUGCUUUCUACGCCGGAUCCGGUGGAAUCAACGGUGAUGAUGGUAGCUCUGGCUCCGCCGCCGCUGCUGCUCCUGGAGCUGGUUUCGGAGGUCUUGGAGGCAUUGGUGCCAUCUCCGUCAUCGGAGGAGGUGCAGGAAUCGGUGGUGGAAACGGUGGACACGAUGGUGGAUAUGGUGGCUAUGGUGGCUACGGUAAAUGGUAAACGGAUCAAGAACUCAUUCAUUUCGGCUCGGCGACGGCGGCAAUGAUCAUAAAAGUCUUUUAACAUGUCAGUCUUUAACAUGAACAUCAUAUAUCAUUAUAUACAAGAUCAUACAUCAUUAGUUGGGUGAUGCAAUUAUGAAUCAGUCAAUAGACAAGUUUUGGCGAUCUAACACGAUUAGAACGACCGAUCUUGUUCUCUUUUUCUGAACAACCACCUUACGUGUGUCAUCUUUCGUAAGCCUCUAUUCAGGCGAAUUAUUUUUUUUUUUUCUGCCAUCACCCCUCGAGAUAAGGCACAUCAUGCUUGCACUUUUUAGAUCACUGAUUUCAUACUCACUGACCCACCUAGCCAUACAUAUUAUUAGCAUAUACUGGUCUAUUAUGUAAAUGUAGGAAACCGGUAGAUUAUGGUAGGACAGCCGGUUCCGUGAAUAAAAGAAUGUACAUAGAUGGGGAAAUGCCGUCGGCCCCCGACUCCACCCGCCUCCUCUACAUAUAGAUACUACGUAUUUAUGCCGUUUAUACAUUUAUAAAAUAAUUUAUAUAAAAUACAGCAUCAGUGUUCAAAACUGGAA